AUGAUCAUCGUUGUUUUUGUCAGGAAACCGUGGCUGAAAGAGAGCCCAAGCCACCGCCACAAGCUCAUCGAGUUCCACUGUGGCGACGCUCUCAGUUUAAUGCAGGCCCGAGAGGCUCUGGAGACCAUGAGGCACGAGCACGCGAAGAACGACUGCGGUUUCUUCGCCUUCACGAUGGUCAGGCCACCGCUGGAGUGGCUCGUCUCGCUGUACGACGACCUGUGCCACCGGAGGCUUAGGGGCCAUAAGGACACGUGUCCGCAGCAGGCGGGUGAUAGCAUGACCCCCAAGCAAGAGAUGCUCGCGUAUCCCCACAGGGACGGACUGGUCAGCUACUUGGCGCACGGGUUCAACGGCUGGGCAUCGCCCGGACCAGUGGAUGAGGGUACCGUAGAGGAGAUAUUGGAGUCCUUCGGAAGGCAUCUUGAUCUCGUGGCCUUGACCAGCGAGGUGCCACAGAUUCGGAGGUACCUGACGAAACGGUUCGUGGCACCCCACGGCGUCCUCACGCCUCAAGUGGAAGAUGCUCUUCACCGGGGGGAGUUGCAAAACGCCAACAAGGUCAAGACGAUCCGACUAAGCGACUUCGAUCCCGAUGAGCUGGCACAGCUCAACUCCACCAUCCAGCUAGACUGGAUGCUGUACGAAGCUGUCCGCGCCACGCACCAACCGGUUCAGGUGUAGCCGUUGUGGCGGUUCAGUUGUAGCCGUCGUGACGGUUGGCGCGUAACCGACCGGUAACACAAGGGUAACAGUAGCGGUGCAUUACAUUAUGACGACACCAACACAAUCCCUUUAAUACCUCCUCAAGUGGGUUGCCUUGAUUUUUUCUUUUCCUCUAUCAGGUGCUUAGUCUAGGGAUAAAUAUACCUUCAGAGUUUUAUUUACUAUUGAGGCUGAUCGGCGAUAUUGAGACAGUACUUGUAUUUUACUAUUUUUUUUGUCAAAUGUUGGCGUACUCUACUUGGGGGGUGAGUUCGAUGGCGACCUCUUUGUGUAGAAAGUUUCGGUGGAAUCGGAAUGUCUUACGUCUUCGUUCCCUGUUGCACGCAUCGGCACACCACCCAUUGCUAAGUAGCCUUGUCUGGCGUCUGUCUAGUAGCCCCUGAAGGCGUUGUGUUGUGUUGAAUGCUGACGUGUUGGCGCACAGAUGGGGGUCCUGCCACUUGGGAAAAUACUUUCUCUGUGUAGUGUGAUGAGGUUCUCUGGGAUUCAGCUGUUGCGUGAAGCCGUCGAGUAUCACGUCUGGCUCGUCCGUUGAGUGUUGAGUGAACCGCUUAUGCCCCUCUUCGCAGGAACACACUGUGGACGUGACCCACCUGUUUUUUUGUGCAUUUGGGAUUUUUUUGGUCAUCCUUGCGCAUGCAUGUUGGCUCUGUUCCCAUGUGUGGCGAAUUGGGUCUCACAAGUUGUUGCGAGUGUGAGGCGUGGUCGGGUAUUUUCUGUCGUUGGCAACCGCGGGAAUCGUCAUUCUUGUGCCGUUUCAUGUCCUCGAAAGCACACCUGGUGGGGUCGAGCGCUUGAACACGAAGCACGGCGGGUUGUGGGCGUGGUGAAAACAACGGGGGCUGGUUCCGCGGACGUCCAUUCUUGCGUCUGUCGGGGUCUUAUCUGUCGAACCAAGUUGAAUUGUUCGGCUGAGGGCCGUAAGGAGUCAUGCCGUGCGUGGCGAUGCCGGAACAUGAACGAACGAGGAGC